AUGGCAAAUUGGCCAACACCAAGCGAAUUAGUGAACACUGGAGGAUGUCAGAGUAUCAUAAGCCAAGGAAAUAAGAAACCACAAAACAGAAAAGAAAAAGAAGAGAAGGCUGAAAAGAAAAACAACAGUGAGAGCAAAGAAAACAGAGAAACAAAAUUAGAUUGUCCUGGUGAAAAUGUCAGUGAAGAUGAGGCUCAGUCAAGUAAUCAACGGAAGAGAGCUAAUAAGCACAAGUGGGUACCACUCCAUUUAGAUGAUGUAAGACCAGAUUGUCAAGAAAGACCAGGAUCACGGAAUAGCUCAAGAUGUCAACCUGAAGCAAAUAAAGCAACAUAUAACAGUAGACGAAAUGAUACACGAAGUUGGAGGCGAGAUAGAGAAAAGCGAGAUGAUCAAGAUGAAGUUUCCAGUGUGAGAAGUGAGGGUGGUAAUAUCCGAGGUUCCUUUAGAGGACGGGGAAGAGGACGAGGAAGAGGACGAGGAAGAGGAAAUCCUCGAUUGAAUUUUGAUUAUUCGUAUGGUUAUCGCGAACAUGUUGAAAGGACGGAUCAGCCAUUUCAAACAGAACUUAAUACCAGUAUGAUGUAUUACUAUGAUGAUGGUACAGGCGUACAGGUGUAUCCUGUGGAAGAAGCAUUGCUUAAAGAGUAUAUUAAGCGCCAAAUUGAAUAUUACUUCAGUAUAGAAAAUUUGGAGCGAGACUUCUUUCUUAGAAGAAAGAUGGAUGAACAAGGUUUCUUGCCUAUUUCCUUGAUUGCUGGUUUCCAUCGUGUUCAAGCUCUUACUACAAACAUUAAUCUCAUAUUAGAGGCUUUAAAAGAUAGUACAGAAGUGGAAAUUGUGGACGAGAAGAUGAGAAAAAAGAUAGAACCAGAAAAAUGGCCAAUUCCUGGCCCUCCUCCACGUAGAGUGCCACAAACAGACUUCUCUCAACUGAUUGAUUGCCCAGAGUUUGUACCAGGCCAAGCCUUUGCCUCACAUACAGUCAGGGUGAUGAUCUACUGA